UUAUCAAAGCCACGAUGCCCUAACAUUGUAUCUACGAUAUUGUUUCCAGUACUUAAAUAAAUGACGCUAAGAUUACUCUCGCGUUUUCGUAAACUGAUAGAGGGAACGCGGUACUAUAUGAGUGUAUCUGGAUAGCGCUGAAUGGCAGGAUAUGGUUCGAUAUAGGGAACAUUAGUGCAGUGAUCCGGGCUGUGCCCGGGCCGAGUCUCCGCGCUGGGGACCAGGGUUUAUUAGUGCUGUUUGUUUGUCCCGCCAGUAGCCCAUGUUGCCCUGCAGCGGCGCAGGGAAGUGCGGGGAGCGCAGCGGCCUUCGCGCAGGCGCUUUAUAUUGUUUUGACUGAAAAUGCCGUCGGUUUCGAAAACGGCGGCGAGCGCUUCUCCUCAAACCGAGAAACCGACCCACUACACCUAUUUAAAGGAGUUUAGGACCGAACAGUGCCCGCUGUUUUUGCAGCACAAGUGCACCCAGCAUAGACCCUUCACGUGUUUCCAUUGGCAUUUCCUAAACCAGCGGAGGAGACGACCGAUUAGAAGAAGAGACGGGACAUUUAACUACAGCCCCGAUGUUUAUUGUACCAAGUACGACGAAACAACUGGCAUCUGCCCUGAUGGAGAUGACUGUCCGUACCUGCACCGGACCACCGGCGACACCGAGCGCAAGUACCACCUCCGCUACUACAAGACGGGCACGUGCAUCCACGAGACGGACACCCGCGGGCACUGCGUGAAGAACGGCCCCCACUGCGCCUUCGCCCACGGGCCGCACGACCUGCGCCCGCCCGUCUACGACAUCAGAGAGGUCCAGGCGCAGGAGGCCCUGCAGAACGGGCAGCUGGGGGCGGGGGAGGGCAUCCCCGACCUGCAGCCCGGGGUGCUGGCCAGCCAGGCCAUGAUCGAGAAGACUCUCACCGAGGACCCCCGCUGGCAGGACACCAACUUCGUUUUGGCGAACUACAAAACGGACCAGUGCACCAAACCCCCGCGGCUGUGCCGGCAGGGCUACGCCUGUCCCCAUUACCACAACAGCCGGGACCGCCGGAGGAACCCCCGCAAGCACAAGUACAGGUCAACGCCGUGUCCCAACGUGAAGCACGGGGACGAGUGGGGAGAGCCGUCCAAGUGUGAGAGCGGCGAGUCCUGCCAGUACUGCCACUCCCGCACCGAGCAGCAGUUCCACCCCGAGAUUUACAAAUCUACAAAAUGCAACGACAUGCGGCAAACGGGUUACUGUCCCAGAGGGCCGUUCUGCGCCUUCGCGCACGUGGAAAGGGUGCCCUCCACAGAGGAGUCCAUGAGCUCCCUGCUCACUGUGAUGCACUCGGGCUCCCAGGCCAAGCUGGGCCAGCAGUGCUCCGAGUGUCCCCUGGCCGACCUGGCGGGGAACGCCAGCGCCAACGCCAGCAACAACGGCCAAUCAGGGAGCGUCCCGUGCUCUAGUAGUCCGAGCGUAGCGUCCAGCUCGGGGAGCAACAGCUCGUUGUCCCCGGUCGGACCCGGCGGCAGGCCCAAAAGCUUAACUAACGGUAGUUUAUGUUCAGACUCCGCCAUGUCCUCGCCCGCCUCUCCGUACCCCAAAGCCCCGGGGUUCGAACGGGAAGACCAGGCCAAAAACCUGAAGGGCUACCCUGCAGAUGGGAACCAGAAGUUAGCGGACCAAGACAAACAGACCCUCAUCAGCGUGUUUGCAGCCUCCCACGCCCUGGCGUCCAGCAUCACCUCCAGCAUCACCUCCAGCCUGGCCUCCAGCAUGGGCUCGGACAGCUCCUCCCCCACCGCCCUGUCCACCAUGAACGCCAAGGCCACGCCCUUCUACCCCGGGAGCAACACGGUGGAGUCCGUCAUAGGUUCCGCGCUCGACCUGAAUUUCCGGGACAUCAACGUCGCGUCGCUCGAUAAAGAAUUGGAGGAGCAAGAAAACAACGGAAUUGGCUUAACAAGUCAGCGGCUGCUCGCCGGCUCCGCCCCCGUCAACAUCCCCCGGUCCCUGGCGCACUCUUCCUCCCUGCCGUCCUCCUCCUCGCUCUCCGCCUCCCCUCUGGGCUCCCUCUCCCAGUCCAUCCUGUCGGGGAUGGCCCCCCAGGCCCCGCCCACCAAGCCCGAGCACAGCCUUCUGGGAUCCUCCACCUCCUCCCAGAAUUCCUUGGGUCUGAACGGGGGCUCUGGCAGCAUUUGGGACUUUGUGAGUCGUAGCUUCUCUCCGGGCCCCUCGGCGUUCGGGGGCGGGGCCUCCGGUGCCAUCUCCUCGGGCAGCACCGACCUGCCGCGGCUCCUCAGGGAGCUGGACGAGGCCAAGAGGAAGAUCAAGCAGUGGGAGGACGCCUGGCAACAGGUCAAACAGGCCUGCGCCGCCUGGCAGAAGGACGCACGGGACGCCCAGGAGCAGGCGAAGGCCGCCGAGGCCGAGCGGCAGCUGGCGGCGCAGAAGCGGCAGGACGCCGAGCGCCGGCUGAAGGAGCUCCAGGACGACCUGGACGCUCUGUGCCGCUCGCCCGGCGUGCCGCUCCUGCGGAGCUACGGCGAGCUGGACCAGCUGCCCCUCCCCAAGCUGCACUCCAUCCAGAGCCAGCUGCGCACCGACCUGGACCUGAUAGACGGGGUAAUAUAUCAGCUUCAAUCAAAGAAAUGUGUAGUAUGCCAAAAGCACGACCGUUCCGUCGUCCUGCAACCUUGUCAGCAUUACGUACUGUGCGAGAGCUGCGCGCCCGGCAGCGCGGAGUGCCCUUACUGCAAGACGAAAAUACACAAGUGGUGACGUAGAUCUGUCCGAGGUACUAUUUAUGCUUUUAGCCCUUUGAAGAACUACUAAUGCGUAUAUAAUGCUCUCAAUUUAAGAACAGCAAUUUCUCUUCUUUUUUUUUUUUUCCCCGGUAUUUCAUGUAGUGAUUGGAUUUGAUUAGUUUUAUUAGAACGCAAGCAAUAGUGUUUGACUGACACAUGGGUAGGUCCUGUAAUAUUUAAUUUGUUUGUUUCUUUUUGUUUGUUUUUUUUUUUUUUUAAAAGGACAAAUCAUUGAAACAAUUUGGAAGGCAUUCAGUUUAACGCUGUUUUGUCUCUUCAGUAUUUAUAUUUACGUGGCCCUUGUGUGACUUUUAAUGUUUUAAUUGGAAAAGUAUCAGUCAAACAUUGUCAUAGCUACUAGUCAUGUGAAAAUUAUUUUCUUGUAAAAGCACUUUGUCGACCUGGGAAUUCUUUAAAGGUUUACGCUAGAAAAUUGCUUUAAGCUGCUUUGUAGGUUUUUUUUUUGUGGGUUUUUAUUUUUAUUUUUAAGAUUUAUAUUUUUUACUAAAUAUGCUAAUGUAUGAAGCUUUUGUUUGUGUACUGUGAAACAUAAUGGAAUAUUUCACAUUUCUUAUUGUUAAAUCAUUGUAUAGUAAAUAUAUUGUUAGUUUUCAUAUAAAGAAGUACUAAAAAUAGAUAUUAAUUGUAUUGUUGUUGCUUAGGAUUUUUACAUUUUUAAAUGAAUAAAAAAAAGUGUGGACUGUAAUGCGUUUAAGCAUAACCAGCAGUCAUGAUAUCAUUAAGGCACAUACAUUAUGCUAAAGCGUUUAGGAAAUCGGCUGCCAUUUUUGUUGUUGUUGUUUUCUGUUUGGUUGUUUAGUGGUUGGACGCUGAGGUAGUCUGUGAUUGGCUGAGGAAGUGCGUUUAGCAGGACUCCUAGCUUCUCUGAAUUGUCGAGUAGUAAAUCACUGAUACUCGACGACUCGCUCAAGUGCCUUGCCUCAAACUUAAGCCUCUGUGAGCAAUUUAAGAUUGUAGUUAAAACAAC